UCUCAAACGAAUAUUUGACAAUCUAAACAAUGGCCGCGUAUUGAAUGAACUUACUAUCGAUUCGAGGUGACUAUUAGUGUUUUUAUGUGUUUUAUAAUGUAAUUUUUCAAGUUUCUCACAAAAAUGUGGAUCCCAACAAAAACUAAAAAAUACGGAGUUGCAAUCUACAACUGGAAGGGAGAGACGAAAUUCGGCCUUCCUCUUGAAAUAGGCGACACCAUUCAAAUCCUAGAAGAAUGUCAGGGCUGGUACCGGGGCUUUUCUUCGAAAAAUCGUGCCCACAAGGGCAUAUUCCCGCAAUCGUACGUACACCUCAAGGCCUGCAAGGUCGACAAUGAGGGACUGUUCGAAAGCAUCGUUCCCCUUGAAGAUCCGAUCGUCAGAGAAGUUACGUUGGUGCUAAGGGAAUGGGGCAGGAUAUGGAAAGGAAUUUUCGUGGAAAGAAAUCACUACAAAUUCGAAACAGUAGGCAAAGUAAUGCGGGAUCUUUUAGAAUGGAGAAGGCAGCUAGUGCUAGGAACGUUAACCCACGAUCAGACCAUAGAUUUGAAGCUCAAAAUUAUACAGAAAAUAGAUUGGGGAAACAGAAAACUGGGUUUGGACCUGGUCCCUAGAGUGGGUGCCCAUAUGGUUGAACCUGAGUCAAUGUCUGUAGUUGAAUUGUACCACGUUCACGUUUCUAGUGCCGAAAAUAUACAAGGAGUAUCUGCAAGAGGUACCCUCAAAAGAAAGGAACAAAAAAAAACUUUAACACACCAUUUGUACUUUUGCAUGAGAGAUUUUGGUCACCAUAUCGGCGAAGAUACUGAAAUUUUUUUCUCUCUAUACGAUGCUUCCAAACAGAAAUAUAUUACCGAACGGUUCCUAGUCAAAAUUUCCAAAGAUGGUUUUUCGAAUUACGUGGAAAAAUUACAUAGCAAUUGCACUGUCUUUACGGAUUUGGGUAAUGCAGAAUUAAGCAAAGAUAUUUACAUAGUUGCUCAUAUAAUGAGAAUAGGAAGAAUGUUAUAUUCGGAUAGUUCGAAAAAGACUGACAAAGUGGUAGCUCAACAACAAAUAUUCAAACGACCACACGGCGUAGCCGUGCAAAAUUUAGGCGAUUCGUUGACAAGCAAAGAAAGCGAUACCGAAGAGAAAGAAUUUAACAUGAAGGUAUAUCAAGCUGAAGAAAAAGACUUCCAUCAACUACACGAAUUCAUAAUACGACAAUCGGGAAAAUACAGCGCUCUGUCUGGUCACAUGAACUACGGUAUCAUGAUCAGCGUGAAAAUGUUGCACGGCGAACUGAGAGUGAUCAAGGAAGAAAACGCUCUUCUAUUCAAAAACGUGUGCUUGACCAGCAAAUUAGGUUUUCCUGAUGUGAUAAUGCCCGGGGAUGUACGGAACGACUUAUAUUUGUAUUUGGAUAAAGGCGAGUUCGAAAGAGGCGGUAAAUCUACCGGGAAGAAUAUCGAAGUUAGCGUUGUCGUUUUAGAUAGCGAGAAGAAAAUUAUUAAGAAUUGUUGGUGGGGUGCAUCGGGAAUGGAACCUACAUCGGAAUACAAUUCAAUGGUUAUUUACCACCACAAUUCACCAAUGUGGGCCGAAAAUUUAAGAUUAACAUUGCCUAUUGAUAAAUUCGCAGGGGCUCAUGUUCGACUGGAAUACCGGCACUGUUCCACCAGAGAAAAGAACGACAAGAAGCUCUUCGGUUUUUCAUUUCUUCGCCUCAUGGACAAAGAAGGAGCAGCCGUUCAAGACGGUCAACACGACUUGUACAUUUAUAAGUGCGAGGAUCUUCCAAAACUAGAAAAUUGCGGUUACCUAUCGCUUCCCGCUUUCGCAAAAGACUUCGAGGGCAAUCACGAGGCUAGCGGCCAAUUUUCGAGAAGCCACAAAGAAAUCGUUUCUAUUAAAACGUUACUGUGUUCAACGAAACUGACUCAAAACGUUGAUCUACUGGCUCUGUUAAGAUGGAAAUCUCAUCCAGAACGAAUACCGGAAUCGUUACAUAGAGUUUUAAAUUUGGGCGACGAGGAAUUUAUUAAAUUCUUGCAAGACGUAUUGGACGCACUGUUCGCAUUAUUUUCCACCGAAGACGGCAACUCAACGGCGCACAGCGGACCAGUAUUUCACGUAUUGGUAUCCAUAUUUAAUCUAUUAGACGGGUCAAAAUACCAGUACUUCAAACCUGUGUUGGAGGCCUAUAUAAAAAAUCAUUUUUCAGCUGCGCUUGUAUACAAAGGACUCCUGACCAGCGUCCAGCACUGUGCCGAUUGGGUAUCUUCUUUCGAAAAACAAGAACCGAUACAGAAAUGUUUCAAAAGCUUGGAAUACAUCUUCAAACUGAUCAUUCAGAGCCGCCUGCUCUUUUCUCGCGCUACCGGCGGCCAUUUCGAGGACAGUUUUCGUCGAGAUCUCUUCAGCGUAUUCACAUCUUUAAAUAAAAUGCUGGCAAUUACAGAUAAUCACAUCAUUAAUACUCAGGUGGCUUUACUGAUAACAAUCAGUGCUGUAUACGAACAACUAGUGGAUGUUCUUCCCGCUAUGGAAGUAACAAGGUUGGCAUCAAGUAUGUUGGAUUCGUUACCCAGGGAUUUACCCGCUUUACUUAUACAAGCGAAAUUGGCUUGCAUCAAAAAUAUAGUCACCGGCAAACUCUUUCAAGAUGACGAAUCUCGAAAUAUUCUUCUUGUAACCACUUGCAAGCAUCUGCGAUACCACCUGAUUAGAAGAGAAGAAUUGAAAUUAUGCACGGAAAUUCUGGGGGAAAUUUUGGGCUAUUUGUUUAAACAAAGAAAAGUGAGCGACGAACAAGGAAAAGUUAACAAUUGUAUUCACCAUGAUGUUGACACUUUGUGCCUGGCUAUCCUUGAAGUUUUGAUACAAACAAUACUUACUAGUAUCGAUAAAGAUGUGAAAGUUUUUGGUUGCCUAGUUGCUUGUUUGAUUGGCCUGCUUCAACUCUUGGACGAAUUUCACUACAAACGACUGUGGGAAAUCGUAAUGGGAUCUCAUCAAGACCGUAAACCGCUUAAAGACUUCCUUUUAAGGGCCUUUUUGGUAUUUAGAAACCUCGUUCGAAUGGAGGUGUUUCCCCAAGACUGGUUGGUCAUUAAAAUGUUGACGAACAACGUCAUACUAAAAGCUUUACAAGAGUUUGCUCAACCGCUAGCGUUCAAGUUCUUAGAUAGUCGAGCUGGGUACUUUGAUAAGGAACUAUGGACUAACUACUUCAAUCUUAGCGUUGAUUAUCUAACGCAGGAGUCUUUGCAGCUGGAACAGUUUUCUGAUGUAAAACGGGAAAAAAUUAUCGAAAAAUAUGGAGAUAUGAGAGUUCUCAUGGGAUUCCAAAUUUUAUCUAUGUGGUCGCAACUAGGAGAGUGCAAAUUGCAUUUCAUACCGUCGAUGGUGGGUCCGUUCCUCGAAGUGACUCUGGUACCCGAGAUUGAACUCAGAAAGGCGACGUUGCAUAUUUUCUUCGAUAUGAUGGAGUGCGAGCAAAGAGCUAGAGGCAACUUUAAGCAAGUGGAGUGCGAGCUUAUAGAUAAAUUGGAUAUUUUAAUAUCGGAAAAUAAGGGCGAUGACGAGUAUCGAAGAUUAUUUAAUACAAUAUUACUAGACAGAGUUCAGUCUGAAGAACCGGUAUGGAAGGAAAGUGGCGUUGCUUUCAUCAGCUCAAUAACGCGGCUUUUAGAACGCCUUCUUGAUUAUCGAAAUGUCAUUCAAGGCGACAAAAACCGCGAUAAGAGGAUGUCAUGUACUUUCAAUUUACUGAACUUCUAUAAAAACGAGAUCAACAGAAAGGAAAUGUAUCUCAGAUACAUCCGGAAACUUCACGAUUUACAUUUAUCGGCGGAAAACUAUACCGAAGCUGCUUUUACAUUGAAAUUGUACGCGGAUCAAUUAAAUUGGAACAGCAACCAAGUGUCGGAUCCCAAUUAUCCGGGUCAUUCAGAAUGCCAAGUCAAAGAGCUGCUCUACAGACAAAUCAUCAACUAUUAUGAUAAAGGAAAGUGUUGGGAGAAGGGAAUACCCUUGCUCAAAGAAUUGGCGAAUUUGUAUGAAUCGAUUUUCUUCGACUACAAACUCCUUAGUGAUAUGUUGAGAUGCCAAGCCAAAUUUUACGAUAAUAUUUUAACUCAACUCCGUCCUGAACCGGAAUAUUUCCGUGUAGGAUUUUACGGUCUAAGUUUUCCAUUAUUUGUAAGGAAUAAGCAAUUUGUAUAUAGAGGAUUGGAAUAUGAAAGAAUAGGUGCCUUUACUCAGAGAUUACAGACAGAAUUCCCUGCUGCUCAGAUUUUAAUGAAAAAUACUCCUCCGGACGAUGCCAUUAUCAACUCAGAUACACAAUAUAUUCAAAUUUGUAACGUAAAACCUAUACCUGAACCGAAUGCUAUUACUUUGGCGACUGAUAUUCCCGAAAAAAUAUCAAGAUUUUAUUAUUACAACGAUGUGAGAAGAUUCCAGUGUGACCGUCCAGUUCAUAAGGGCAUCAUUGACAAAGACAAUGAAAUUAAGACGCUCUGGAUAGAACGAAUGAUCCUAGAAAUAAGCAACUCCCUACCGGGCAUCCUUAGAUGGUUCGAAGUGAUCAACCGGCAAACCGAAGAAAUACCACCCGUACAAUACGCUUGCGAAACGAUGAGAAACGUCGAAAACGAACUCAGGCAACUAAUAACCAUCCAUUCGGUGGAUCACAAAAGGAAUUUGAACCCGUUCACCAUGAGACUACAGGGUAUAAUCGAUGCUAACGUGCAAGGCGGUAUCAGCAAGUACCAACAAGCCUUUUUCACCAAGGAAUUUACGAAAUUGUAUCCAGAGCAUAAAGUGUACGCUGAAAAUUUGAAAGAAUUGAUUAUCAACGCUACUAGAGUAAUAGAAGAGGGUCUAAUUCUGCAUGGGAAAUUAGCACCGCAGAGUGUGCAACCUCUUCACCAAAGGCUUCUGGAAAGAUUCGUUCAACUCAAAGAAAGUUUAGGAGCCUUCAAUCACCAAACAGUCAAUAGCAUUAUAAAUACUCCCUUACCUCCUGUGCCCACUGACAAGAGAUUAAUUAUGGAAAAUGGCAGUAAUCGUUCUUCGGGAUCUAGCGGGAAUUACGGACAUUUAGUCGAACAUCAUACUGCAGAUUAUGACAAUAUUUAUACAAAACCUGCCGAAAAUGAUAGACCAACUUUACAAAGAGAAAACCUUUCUCUACCAAUGGGUUUGCCAAUAAAUAACGGUGCUCCACCUAUACCUUUAAGAGAAUGCAGACCGCGAUCUCAGGGUUUUAGUAAUUCUAAUUUUACUGAACUGAAGACUCCCACUAGAGGCCCUUUGGAAUAUAACAGUGCCAGUUUACCUUCUAUGAAAUCCAGAGACAGCGAAUCUGGCGAUAUACCUCUUCCACCAAAACCGACCCACACUAGAGAGAGAUCUUUGACAAAACCACCUUCGCCGCGACUGUUGAGACACGCCAUGUCUAUGACUCCCACCGACGGUCCACAUCUUAGAAAUUCUUGGCCCGAAAGUGGAAAUUUAGAAGAAGCGCCGCCACUGCCUCCCAGAUCACACACGCCAGACAAACGAAUUCAAGGUAUAACAUCGGAAAUCCCACCAAACAUCCCGAAACGCGGCCAGAAAAAAUCGACCCCUUCCAUCUGCAGCGUCGAUUAUCUCCCUCUAGACGAAGCGCAACAAGAAUCCAGUCUAGCGACAUCUACCAACAGCCUGUCGACGCACGUGGAUAGCCACGACCUCAGAGACUCCGGCAUCAGUAUGACUGAACCCCCAUUGAACAACUUUAAUACGGCAAGCUACGAAGACUACGACUUCCGUACUAACCAAUCGGAGAUGAAUAUCAACAGCAGCAGCAGCACCAGUCCGAAGAUCGAAAACGAAAAUCCCCCUCCGAUACCUCCGAAAUCUUCGCUGUCUUCUUUAAAUUCCAGUUUCGAUCUCGGGGGGAGUCUAGAAAGGCCGAAACGUCGCGAGGAAAUCGACGUAUUGAGUCCCGUCGAAAGUUAUUCUUUCCCCGUCAUACACAAAGAGAACGGCACUGUUGCUGGUACCGGUACUGAAAAAAGUUCUGAUUGUUAGGUCGUUUGGUUUGAAGAAAUUUGAUCGUUCAUUUCUUUCAAAAACAUUUAAAGUCGUUCUUCUUUGGUUUCCAUCACGGUCUAACUAAAAGGUGUUUUUAAAAAUGGCUAAAAUUGAUUAGAGUAUGAGUAAAAAUCCGCUAGGUUCGCUAGUGUAUUUACGUUAAAACAGUGGCACUUCAAUUUAAAUCUGUCAAAAGUGCAUUAUUAAAUGGAAAACGCUACAAUCUUUGAUAAAGAAUAGUUGUUAAUUUAUGAUAGUUUAUAAGUUUGGUAAUCAAUUUUAACUAAAGUUUUUAAAUUACUGUUGAUUUACUACAUAGACAUAAUAUUAUCUGACACUGUCUAAACAAUACAAUGUUUUGUCCACAUCAUAAACCUGACGGGAAAAGGGAUAGGGCACAAUACAUAAUAGCGUACUGUUUCGGAAAGGUUCAUUUAUAAUAUAUAAAAACGAUUUAAUGUUCAAACCUUUAUUAUCGAUACAUGUUCAGUAAGAAUUUAAAAAAUUACAAACGAAUUUAUAUAACAUAUUUAAAAAUAUAUUCAAAAAGCUUAUCUGCAUAUUUUUAUAUAGAUUAAAAUAGUUACUCAAAUGGAGGAACAUUGUUAGUAUUUUCAAAUGCUGAAUUAUUACCAAUUUGUUAUUCUAAUACAAAGAGCGUAAAUAAAAAAUGUAGGGCCCAACAUUGCAAUUUAUUAUUAUUAUUAUUGACCAUAUCGUUAUAUAUAUAAUACAAAUAAAAUCAUUAUAUAAAAAUUUUAAUUGAUUGUAAUUCAUAAAAAUGGUAAUUCUUUCAGUUUUUUUAUUUUUCUUUUGUUCCUAAUAGAGAAUAUUAUUGAAAAUAUUAAAUAAAAUAUAAUACAAUAUUUUUGAAAGAUCUGACAACAUGUCUGACAAUCUAUUCUAUCCGAUAUCUUUAGUUUACUUCAUAGAUUACUGUGGUAUCCAUUUAAAAUGUUUGAAAGUUAUUAGUCUUAACAAGAAAAGUCCUAUCUGCAAAAUUAGCAGUUUUUUCAAUCUCUGCAUUUGCAUUUUGUCUUUUUUGAUACCAAAGCGGAAUGUCCUAUUUGCGUCGUAAAGGUACUAAAACGUUAAAGAGUUUCACAAAAGAGGUUUAAAAGAUAACAAAUAUAUGUCUGAGAAAAAUAGUUAAAAACUCGAUUAUUUCCAAACAACAAAUGUUCAGAUAGGACCUUUCUUGCUAGGACGGCAGUACAGAAGAUGACAGACACAGUCACAAAACUGUGCAGUAAAAUAUUUGACAGAAAUAUUUUUUUCUGUUUUGAAAUAUGUUACAAGAGGUGUAAUAGAUUUUCUCAAAUGUCUUCUAUCACUCUAUACAGCACCGUAAAUCUGUCAAUUACAAUUUUCGAUUUUGGCUCUGAAAUUACCGAUUACCUGAACCCAUAUUAAAAUUAUCAAACACUUAAAAUCUGGAAACUGGUUAAUAAGAAAUGAACGAUUUAAUUUAGCAGCUUUGAACUACGAAAAAAAAACACUUCUUGUGUAAUUUUUAUCGUUUUUGUGGUAAUUCUAAGUCACUGUGAUUCUUUUAAUUUGUAUCUUUUUCAGUUUAGCUCUGUAAGAUCUUUAUAGAAUUAUUGCUUUAUUUUUUUUAAAUUAAAUUUAUGCAUAUUCUCGUUUUUAUAUAUAUUUAUAAAUUUUAUAUGUUUAAAUUGUUUUUAUUAUGAUAGAAAAUCUUUUUAAGGCGAUUUUUUUAAAUACAUUUAAUGGCAACCGAUUAUUCCUAUUAGUUCAAAUGUUGCAUAAAAUUUUAACUGAAAAUGCGUGAAGAUUUCCGAGUGCCAUCUUUUAUUAUUGAAUCUGAAGGAUUUGAACUGACAAUUUAUCUUUUAAUAUUCAAAAACUUUAGUUUUUCUUAUUUGUAUAUUAAAUUUGUUUUUUUUUUGAAUCUAUAUUAAACACUGUUGAUCAGAAAUAAUUAAAAAAAAAAUUCUAAUGAUUUUAAAUGGUUCACAUUGUAUAUUAUGCGUAUCCUUUAACACUCAAUUAAAUUUUUUAAUGUACCAUGAUAGGGAUUAUAGAUAUAUUUACUAGUUAAUGCAAUAAUUCACAAAAAAAAAACGUUAUUUCCUACAGAGCCGAAACUGAGGAUUAAUUUUUGUAGUUAUUAACUGUUUUUUUUUACCAAUAUUUAUCCAUUCCCCAAAAAAUAUUCCUAUAUUAUAUUUGUAUUCUCGUAAAACUUAUCAAAAACUAUUUUGUAAUUCUAUUUUCAUAUUGUAAGAAGAUUAGAAACGUUUUUUAGAUCAUAGAAAAGUGUAUUAUAAACAAUGGUAGUCUUAAAUAGUCUCGUCUGACUUAAGCGUGCCAAUUUUUGUCAAAUAAUAGUCAAAUCAAAACUACUGAUAAUGUCUUUUACGGAUUUGAUUUUUUUUAGUUUUUUGGUAAACUUGCUAUGUUUUUCCUUCUCAAAACACUAAAGAGAAAACAAAAAAUUGAGUUAUAAUUACUUUUGUUUUCAAAUAUAGCCACGAACUGAAAUCUAGGAGCGUUAAAUCUGGUGAUCCAGGUGGCCACUACAUCAUCGGUUGUAUUUUACCUCUCGAACGACCGGGGAAAGUGCAUUCAUCGUAGAUACUGCUGCAUUAUAUUUAUGUUAAAAACUGCUGAUCCUUUAAAAUAUCUACUUCUAAAACUUACACUGUUUCGUUUAGGUUUCAGAAACGUAUCACUUUGACUUAUUGCUGGUCGAAAGUUAUCUAUGUUUUCUACAGUUUUACAUACUUUUAUUUUCAAAUUUCCCCAUGAACUGAAUUCUAGAAGAGUUAAAUCUGAUGAUGUAGGUGGCCACUCCACAAUCAGCUGCCUUCUAUAUCUCUAACAGCCGGAGAAGGUACAUUCAUCGUAAAUACGUUAAAGACUGCUGAUCCUCUGAAGUACCUGCUCUUAAAACUGUGACUGUUUUGUUCGGAAUUCAGGAGCAUAUUGAUUUAUUGCUGGUCGAAAAUCAUUUCUUUUUUAUUGGCUGAUUAAAUUCCAAGUUACAGAUUUCAAAAUUCAUUUCGUGACAAAUAUGUUCUUACCUGUAAUUCCAGGUAAAUAAUGCUUUAGAUCAAUGUCAUCUGAGGAUGCCAAUAGCAACUUUACCAAAAACAAAAAUCGCCUCCAUUUGCCGUACUCUUUGAGAUUCUAGCAAAAAUUCUCACUACUUAUAUUUGAGAUUAAAUGAAAUUAAAGGAGUUUUUUUCAUAUAGGUAUAUGUAACUAGAAUAAUAUUUAGCUAAGAUGAUAGGUCAUGUUGUUGGACCAAAAAACUUUACAAUUUAUCAGGCAGGUUAUUGUAAUAAGAGUAAAAUAAAAGAAGUGUAUAUUUUUAAAAUAGUUUUUUUCAUACAUUUUCGAUAAAUAAUUACUGAAUAAUCUGGUAUUUUCUCUAAUAGCAAAGUAAUACAUAUAUACAUUUUUUUUUUAUAAAAAUGGAUUAAUUGAACAAAUUUAAUUUGAAUUUUUUUAUUAGAUAUAUUUAAUAUACCAAAUUAAAAAGCUUUAAGGCAACCUAGGAAAAUAAAAGUAAAUGGACCUAAUAAACAAACAAACAUUUAUAUCAAGGUCUACUAUAGCGUUGUCGGAGCCUGUGGUCGACAAGUAGACGAUAUGAACAUGUGCAUUUAAAUUUUACGCGUUCCCGAAAUAAACCAGGGAUUUUAACUAUGAAGAUAAGGAGGCGAAUCGGCAUAGUCGAAAUACGGUCCCAAAAAAACAACACUAAUUGAGCUUUUUUAAUUUACCGCAAGAGCGCUGGUGCUAGUAGUGCAGUUCAAAAUAUGGGAAUUUUACAUAAUUUUGUCAAAAUAAUAAAAAUAAACUUGUUUAUUGCCAAAUUUGGUAAGUAUACGACCAAAUUCGAAAAGAUUUGUUAAAUGGUGACUAGUUUACAAUAAAUAUUAUAUUUAGACAAAUACAUUAUUUUACAUACAUUAGAAGCUUUAAAACAUUGAAUUGAUUUCUCCUUGUAUUUUACAUCUGAUUUGUAUCCCGUUUUACAAUCUGGAACGAAGUAAAUCUUGCUUUGAUGGUUUUUGUCACUCAUGUUACUUGUACACAUUAUUUUGAUUCUUUUUUCCAAUUUUUAAAAACAAACACUUCACUUUACAUUGACUUACAUAGAAAAUUGAUACCGCUGUUAUUCGACAUGCCAACUACAGUCAAUUUCGCAAACUUUAUAAAAAGAAGGACAGACAUUUGAAAUUUGACCUUUGCCGAUUGAAAAAUGCCAUUACCAAAGAAAAUUAUACAAUGCAAAAAGUGAAACAAAGAACAAGACUGAUGAACAGAAAUAUAAAAUUGGAAAAAGAAAAUAAACAAAUUCAAUUCUUUACAGACAAUAUUUUUAUGAAUUUUUGUAUAAAAUCAUGUCGAUGUAUUGGUGCAGUGUUUUUAACUGCUUUAAAUUUUCAGUGUCCAACGGGGGGAUCUGAGACAUCCUUAAACCUCGUUGUGGUAGCAAGCUUAACAUUUUUCCAUCAUGAAGUGGAAUUUUUAUAUUGGCAGUAGCGUCUUCAGCGACUUCACUGGCCAGUAAAGGACUUCCUUGAAAAGAAAGGGCCACUUCGCCUUGCUUGGGACAUCUCAUUAGCAUUUGAGCGGAGUUAGGUUUGCACUUUGGUACAAUCGCUCUGAAUUCCUCAGAUGAUCACCGUAUUUCUAGAUAAAGAUCUAGUCAUAAAAAAUUAUUAAAAUUAUAUUAUUUACAAAAAUUUGUUUAAUUGAAAUUCUUCUAUUUUCUUUCAAAAAUAAAACCUUUGUAAUUCACAAUUGUAUGUCUAAUUUUCAUUUGCAGCUAACUUUAUGAUGUACGCAAGUCAUUUAGCUGUGAUCUCUCGUCAGAGUUUUGUUACAAAUCGGAGUUGCGCACAGUUUUUGAUUAUUUUUCAGCGACAAAUCGUAUACCUCCGCAAACAAAACUAAUGAGAGUACCACCCCAGUAUAAACAAUACAGUACCGAUAGCUUGAGUCGGCUCCUAAACUUCGUAGUCGCCUCUUUUGAUGUCGAACUGAUCAGACUUUUAUGGAUAGUUUAUGUAAAAAGUAACUGCAAAAUAACUUUGCCCUAGUUUUGUUUAACAGAAAUAUCUAAAUAAAAUGCAUUAAAAUAUGGACCUCUCAUAAAACAAUUGUCUUUCGCUAUUAUACUGGGGUGCCACUUUUAUUACCCUUAAAAAUAUUACGUAAUCAAAAGUGUAGCACUGGUACCGAUGUAUUAAAUUAUCAGUUGCCUUAAUCAGUGUGUUCAAUAAUAACUGCGUCACCUCCAAUUUACUUUGCUAUGUAGAAAAUGCAAUCAACACUCAUUUUUUUUAAUAGACCAAUAACAUCGAAAUUUUUAGUAUGUAUAAAACUGGUGCUAUUUUUGUUAACUUACAGGUAACUACUAUUGUUUCAUAUACCGACCUUACAUGUAUAUGUAUGUAUAUAUUCAAACGAUCGUUUGUCUGAAAUAGUCUAGUCUAUUUAAUACAAAAUGUACUAGUACGCCGUUUAAAUAUAGUAUCUAUCGGGCAGGAAGGAAUUGAUAAGUCUAAACGGGUUGGUAAUUUGUUGAGUUGUGACUUAAUAUUAGAGUCAAUUAACUUGAAUAAUUCACUGAAAAGAAAUUAUAUUAAAGCGACGUACUUUAAUAAUAAUGAUACUGUAGCAAGUUUCUAGUAAUACAAUUUUUCUAA